AUGGCUUCUUCGAAGGUCACCACUGGCGUGGCCAAGGUCCUGGGCAUCAAGCUCGAUGAGCGGGAACACGCAGACAAGCUCACUCGCGGCGAGUCCGUGUUUUCCGUCUCUAGCGCUGACACGUAUGUUGAGGAGGAGCCCACUGUGGCCGAAUGGUUCAGAGACAUCACUCCCUCGGGCGCUGAUCUCUGGAACUAUGUCAAGAGCCUCUUCCCCUUCCUGCAUUGGAUCGGAAACUACAAUCUACAAUGGCUUUACGGCGACCUGGUUGCCGGUAUCACUGUCGGCGCUGUCGUCGUCCCUCAGGGAAUGGCCUACGCCAAGCUGGCCCAGCUGCCGGUUGAGUACGGCCUUUACUCCUCCUUCAUGGGUGUUUUGAUCUACUGGUUCUUCGCUACCUCCAAGGAUAUCACUAUCGGACCUGUCGCUGUCAUGUCUACCGUCACUGGAAACGUCGUCCUCAGGGCUAUUGAAAAAUACCCACAGUACGAGGGCCAUCAGGUUGCGUCUGCUCUCGCCAUCAUCUGUGGUGCCAUUGUGUGUUUCUUGGGCCUCAUCCGCCUUGGAUGGCUCGUGGACUUUAUCUCUCUCACGGCCAUCUCUGCUUUCAUGACCGGCUCCGCCCUCAAUAUCGCAGCUGGUCAGGUUCCCGGAAUGAUGGGCAUCAGCGGCUUCUCGACUCGCGAGUCCACGUACAAGGUCAUCAUCAACACCCUGAAGCACCUUGGCCGCACCAACCUCGACGCGACCGUGGGCCUCACGGCAUUGGUCAUGCUGUAUCUGAUCAGGGGCGUGUGCACAUAUGCUGCGAAGAAAUACCCGUCCAAGGCCAAGCUCUUUUUCUUCCUAUCAACUCUUCGCACCGUCUUUGUAAUCCUCCUGUACACCCUUAUUGGUUUCCUGGUCAACCGCAACCACCGUGGAGUGAAUGAGCGCAAGUUCAAACUUCUUGGCAGUGUUCCUAGAGGUUUUCAGCAUGCUGCUGUCCCCGUUGUCAACAAAGACAUCAUCUCCUCGUUUGCCACCGACUUGCCUGCGUCCGUUAUCGUCCUUCUCAUCGAGCACAUCUCUAUCUCGAAGUCCUUCGGUCGCGUGAACAACUAUACGAUUGAUCCCUCUCAGGAGAUGGUCGCAAUUGGCGUUAGCAACCUUCUCGGACCGUUCCUUGGUGGAUACCCCGCAACCGGAUCUUUCUCGAGAACUGCCAUCAAGUCGAAGGCUGGCGUUAGGACUCCUUUCGCUGGUGUUAUCACUGCCCUUGUCGUUCUUCUCGCGAUUUAUGCCUUGCCUGCAGUAUUCUUCUACAUUCCCAACGCCACUCUGUCGGGUGUUAUCAUCCACGCUGUGCUUGAUCUUAUCACCCCGCCGAACACGGUUUACCGCUUCUGGAGGAUUUCUCCGCUCGAGGUUCCUAUUUUCUUCGCUGGUGUUCUUGUGACGGUUUUCAGCACGAUCGAGAACGGCAUUUACACGACCAUCUGCAUUUCGGCAGCCCUUCUCCUUUUCCGCCUGUUCAAGGCGCGCGGUCGCUUCCUUGGCAAGGUCAAGGUCCGCUCUGUCGAGGGUGAGCAUCUGUUGGGUGAUGAGCCAAAGACGAAGAGCAUCGACGACGCUCUGAAGCCGCGGACCAGCAGCAGAGACAACGAGGACUCGACCAGGGAGGUUUUCUUGCCCAUCGACCAUCAUGACGGAACCAACCCUGAUGUGAGCCUCCAAACACCGGCACCGGGCAUCUUCAUUUAUAGGUUCUCUGAGGGAUAUAACUAUCCCAAUGCCAACCACUACCUCGACUACAUGGUUGCAACUAUCUUCAAGCAGACUCGGCGCACCAACCCACACGCCUAUGGCAAGCUGGGUGACCGCCCGUGGAACGACCCUGGCCCACGCCGCGGCAAGGCGCUUGAGGUUGAUGACCACAAGCCCACGUUGAAGGCUAUCAUUCUGGAUUUCUCGUCGGUCAACAAUGUCGAUAUCACGUCGGUGCAACACUUGAUCGAUGUGCGCAACCAGCUCGACCGCUACGCAUCGCCCGAGACAGUCGAAUGGCACUUUGCUUGCAUCAACAACCGGUGGACCAAGCGCGCGCUCGCAGCUGCCGGGUUUGGUUACCCCACUCCUGAUCUCCAGACGGGCGAGUCUUACGCUCGCUGGAAGCCCAUCUUCUCGGUGGCGGAACUUGGUGGUGCCGACAGCGCAGCCAAUGCGGCGGCGGCGGAAGAGGACGCUGAGUACAGGUCAACUCGUCAUGCCGAUGAAGAGAACGAGAUUCAAAACGAGCGCGGCAGCUCGUCGGAGGAAGCGCGGGACAGCAUCAACAAGACUGCCAGCCGGGUCCAAUACAACGAGAAAUCGAAACAAGUGCUGGUGCACGGCGUCAACAGGCCGCUUUUCCACGUCGAUCUGACCAGCGCUCUGAUCUCGGCGGUGCAGAACGUGGAGCGCCGGAGAAUCUACAGCCAAAAGGGCUACGGUGCAACCGAGGGAAGCGAUAUUUCCAACGCCAAGGAUGCUUGA